GUUUUUUCUGAGAAUUGUUUGCGAUGUCUGUUCUUGUUGCAAAGUCCUAUGGUAAUUGUAAGGCUGGUUUACACUACUGUCAUCAGACUCAUCACAGAAACUGUGAUAGGAAUUUUACAUCAAGUUUUGAAGGAUUUGCAAGAGCGUUUUGAGGGAACUGACAUCAGUUCCAUCACAUAUUUCUUACAAACCUUUCAAAACUUAGAAUUUAACUGUGCAAAAUUCCUACUGUGAUCACAGAAACUUUGAUAGUGUAAACCCUCUGGUAUAAAACCAGGCUUAAAUUCCUUAAAUGUUUCGCGUCACAUGUAUUCAAACACUCAAACACACAUAUCCAAGAUGACAAACGUUAAUUGGAAGUUUUGAGUAUUUGUACCUAAAUAUAUCAAAAUUAGUGUUCCAUGAUUGUUAUAGACUGUAGUGAAAAAUGUAGUCACUCUUUGUCACUCCAAUAAUAUACUGUCUUUCUUUUUAAAGAUGAGCACCAUAACACCUGGGCGUCUGUGGUGAUUUUAACUUUUAAUUUCCUAAUGGUGGAGAGACCUUCACACACUGCAUAAAAGGGCUAGACAAGCAAACAUCUCGUUUUAUUUCGAUCUAUACCAUUCAGAUUGGCGUUUUAUCAAUGCCAUUAUGCCAAUGGCAACAAACGGAAUGGCGUGAGAAUCAUUGAGAUGAGUCAGUUUUAUGACACUGCGAGUGUCCAUCGUUAGUUGUCAAUGACGGUAUGCACGUGGCUUAUGAAUACUAAUUAAUUAUAUAUAUACCACUACCACAGUCUACAGAAUAAAUAAAUAAUCUGUACUGCUCAUUUCACUAUUGUUUUGGAUAUUUUGUUAUGAGAAAGACAUCCAGUAUGUUAGGAAUGGCUGCAGCCGGGGCAGUUGUGCUUUAUGGUGCAUAUUCAUAUUUACAGAGGAGAAAGGAGAAACAGACGAAUGAAAUUAUCAAUGAUAUUGUAUGCCACAUUUUGAGUUUUAUAUGCUUAUUUUAUAUUUAUAUAUCGUUGUGUUUGAUGGAGUUUUGACGAGGGGGGUUUUAAGGGAACAAGGACUACAAGGUUUAUUUUGUAAUUGGAACAAGGGAACAUAGUGAAAUCAAGGUUCCAAAGGAAAAGUUUCCAAAGGAAAAGUUUUCAAAUGAACAUAUGGGAACACCCCUCAAUCCCCCUUCUCCCCCUUCUCCCACUUCAAUAUGUAGCAAAUACAGAUCUGCAUUUCAUUAAUACUUCUCAAGUGUUACUUGAAUCAUAAUAGUUUUGCAACUUUCUGGAUCAAAUGAUGGACUGAUUUCUGUAAUUUAUACUUUUGCUGAAUGUGGCUUGCACAUCAGAGGUCGUGGUCAUUCUAGUGUGCAAGUCACCACUGCCAUAUGGAUGAGUUGACAAAGGAUUUUCCUUUGGAACAAUUCAAAUUUUAUUCAACAUGGCGAAAAUUUGACAGUGGCUGCACACUGCCUGUAUGUAAGGGGGUGGACAGGGGGGAGGAGAGUGUUAGAAUUAUGGUGUAAUGGUAAAAAUUUAAGAUUAAGUGGUGAAUACUUAGGAAAAUAUAGCUGGAGAAUUAAAGCUACCAGCCCAUUUUAAGUACAUUCAAUGUUAACUGGUACAUUAUUAUUGCACCGACCAUGGUGAAAAGUUGUACUAUAUCUGCAGAUGAAGGAGAUGGAAGAUGCAAAUGUUUUUAUUCGGGAUCCAGUUGGCCUGCGAGAGAAAUUGAAAGCUUUUCUUGAAGGUGGUGCAGAGAAAAUGCAGGUUUGUAGAACCAAGCCUAGCUUAUUUAUAAAUUAACCAUUAAAAAUAGUCACAAGUUAAAACAAUGAGUGACUGGAUGGCAUGAUGAACAUUAACCAAUUGAACCAAGCAGCUCCUUAAUAGGUUAAAUGCGUCUUGUGUUAGACAGAGGAAGAUAAUAAAAUAUGGCAUCUUAGGAUGCAAAUACAACUUAAUGGGUUAAAAAAACAAGUCCUUGAUCAUUAAAGUAAAAUGUGUUGUUUACUAAAGAAAAAUGACACAAAUUGUUUCAUUUUUUUCAGUGUAUUGCUGAUUUUGAUGGUACAUUAACAAGGGGGUCAUUCAAAGGGGAAAAAGCACAUAGUAGUUUUGGUACUGUGACAGAUGGCCAGUCAUAAAUGCUUUUUUGGAAAUUUCCUAUAUUUUUAUAAUUUAUAGUAGUAUAUGCAAGUAUAUAAGUACAUGUCUAAAAUUAAUGUGCUCUUCAAUACAUAUAGCUGUUGUUGCCCGUUCUGCAUUGUUACCAGAGGAUGUUGAAAAAAAGGUUUGUGAGUUUGAUGAAAGUUUUCUCAGGGUAUUGCACAUUAUUUUGUGAUGUUUUAGAAUUCCUGAAUUACUCUUAAAAUAUUACUUCAGGAAAAAGAACUACAAGCAAAGUAUUAUCCAAUUGAGAGAUCCAGGUGAUUGUAACUUUAUUCUCUCAGCUAAUUUCUAGCUAGCGGAACUUUUUAGAGAUAAUAAAUCUUUCUGGUCUCUAAAUUCUAUGUAAGUAUGUCAUCGUCUUCAUCAUGAAGCUGUCAGUAAUAGUUUUCCUGUUCAUUUUUUACCAGUGAUAAAACCGAGGAAGAAAAAUUCAAGGCUAUGACAGAAUGGUAAUAAUUAAUAUGAAACACACUUUUGGGAUGUUUAUUAAUGAUUUUAUGUAAACUUGUUAAUUAUUGUUUAUUUUUCUUCUGUACAGAAGAAAAACAUAAAUAAAGGAUUUUCCUAUUUAUCCAAAAAGAUUUCUUCCCACAGGUGGAAAGGAAUCUUUGAAAUUCUGGAAGAGGGUGGCUUCCAGAAACAAAUGAUUCCAGAGAUGGUUAAAAAUGGAACUUCAGUUUUAAGGUAAAAUGUGAAUCUGAAGCAAUAUUGUCCAAAUGUACUGAAUGGAAUCUUUUGACAAUUGGUAAUAAAUUUAUUUUUAGGGAGGGUGGACUUUAUUUUCUGCAGAGAUUAGAUAAAGAGAAAAUACCUUUGUUGGUAUUUUCCGCUGGCAUUGGAGGUAAUUGUCAUCACCAUUAUCACAGCCAUCAUCAUUAUAUUCAUCAUUAUAAUAUAGCAUUUGUAAAUUAUGAACGCUGAUUGGCUAAGAGCCGUGUUGAUAUAACUCCAUGUCAACACGGGAAAUUUUCCGCCGCUUGUAACACGGAAAUUGUUCUUAUUCUUCGGGCUUUUGACAUUGCUAUAUUAUAAAACAAAUAUAAAACAUUUUUUUCCGUAUUGAUAUAUAGUUAUAUCAACACUCGUGGAAGUUGGGAAAACUCGAAAUUGUGUGAAAACACUCCGCCCUUCGGGCGUCGUGUUUCCACACAAUUUCUCGUUUUCCCAAUUUCCACUCGUGUUGAUAUAACUGUAUAUCAACACGGAAAAUGUUUUAUAUUUGUUAAUUAUAUCACCCCCACCAUCAUUACCAUGACCACCACCAUCAUCCCCACCAUCACCAUCAAAACCACCAUCACCAUCAAAACCACCAUCAUCGCAAUAAAACACCACCACUAUCACAAUCAACACCACCAUCAUUACCAUGACCACCAUCAUCAUCUUCCCCACCAUCAUUACCACCAUCACCAUCAAAACCACCAUCAUCACAAUCAAAACACCACCACUAUCACCACCAUCAACACCACCAUCAUUACCAUGACCACCAUCAUGAUCACCACCACCAUCAACACCACCUGAUCAUCAUCACCCCACCAUCAACACCACCUGAUCAUCAUCACCCCCACCACCAUCAAAACCACCAUCAUCACAAUCAAAACACCAUCACCCCCACCUACCGUGACCACCACCAUCGUCACCACCAUCAUCAACACCACCUGAUCAUCACUGUCACCAUCAAAACCACCAUCAUCACAAUCAAAACACCACCACUAUCACCAUCAACACCACCAUCAACACCACCAUCUCAACACCACCUGAUCAUGACAUCAUCACCACCAUUUUUGAUGUCCAGUUUGUUGUUUUCCACAUGCCUAUAGAUAUAGUCCAAGAGGUCUUUGUGCAACAAGCUGCUGAUUCCACCAGUAAACUUCUUGAUAACAUCACAAUUAUUUCAAAUUAUAUAAAAUGGGAUAAUGAGGGGAAUAUGGAAGGAAUCAAGGGUGAUAUUCUACAUUCCAGCAAUAAAGGGGAAUUUCCUGCACCUUUAAAUUAUAAAGAUGCUGUUAAGGUACAAGGAAUUGAAAAUAUUUUUGUAUUCUCGCUUGAAUUAACUAACAAAUCAGAUCGAAUUUCUAAAAUUUUAAAGUGUACAGUAGUGUACCAUAAAAAAUGUCAUUCACAUAGUUUUGUUCAUUUUAAUUAAAUCAUCUUUCAUCAGGGUCGCAACAAUAUCCUACUGUUGGGAGAUAAUUUUGGUGAUGCAGAAAUGUUGAACUGUGUUGAAAAUGCUGAAACCAGUUUGAAUAUUGGAUUCUUAAAUGAUAAUGUAAGACAUAUAUUAAAGUAUCAAAGCUCCCUCAGCAGUGUGUGAUAAAUCAAAUAUAAUGGAUCUCACAAUUCUCCCAUAUCCAAAUUUUGUGACAUGUUUUCUAUUUUAGGUAAAUGAGCUGAGAAAGAAUUUUGAACAACUCUAUGACAUAGUGGUUGUGGACCCGGAAUCAAUGACUCUUGUUUCUGUGUUGUUGAUGAAACUUUUGGACAAGAAAUAGAAGAUUACAGAAUAUAUAAAUAAGGUGAAUUGAUCUUUAAAGCUACUGAACACAGGCCUAUGACAGUAAUUAGCUGUUCAUAAAUACUGUAAUAAUUUUUUAUGUAGGUGGUGUUGCUGAGCACAUGCAAUCCUCACUGACAGUUGUCAGACAUGGUGGGUACUUGCUAGCUACAUACUGGGUUUCAAUAAAAUAUUUAUUGGAAUAUUACAGAAUAAUAGUUAACAAUUAUAUUUGAAAUACAAAAUAAUUGAAUGCAUAAAAUUACUAGUAACAAUUUUCACUCAUAAUUUUACAUGUUGUAGGUUCUGUACAGUAGUUUAAUAACAUUUUUCUGACUGAAUUCAUGUAAGAAAUAGAUGGAAAUAAAUAUGCAACUUGGAAAUUAAUAAAUUAUUUUUCAGUUUUUUAAGAUAUGCAUGGAGUUUAUUUAAUUUAGCUAGUUUAUGCAUAAAAUGAUAGUUCUCAGGACACAGUAUAAUUAUGGAUUUCAAUCUCUAUAGCUGCACAGUACAUAUUGUAUGUGUUGUCAUUGUACAGUAUAUGUUCACUGAAUACUUUCAUUUUAAAAUUUAGUAGCAAGCUGGUUUCACAAAAUGAAGAUGAUCCCAAGGCACAUACAGAUAUAGAAUGAGGGAAUUUGAAAAACAAAUUUUUUGCAAGCUGUUCUUCUUUAAUUUUUUCGGACCCUCAUAACUUUUUUUCUUCAUUCAUUGUCGGUGAAAGAGUCUUCAGACACAACCUUUAUUCUUUUUCCUUCACUUUGAUUUACUUCAACUUCAACAUUGUCAAGAUACCAUCUAAAAAAAUUAUUCUACAUUGAAAAGUCUUGAGCCUAAUUAUUGGUA